CUGCAAUCUUAAAACUAAUAAGUAAAUUGCUACACCUAUAAGUGUAAAAUGUGUUUAUUUUGUUUAGGUUGCACAGAGUACAGAGCCUGCGGUACACGUGAGGGGUCAAGAUCCACUUACAGCCUCAAUGCUGGCAGCUGCACCCUUAAAAGAACAGAAACAGCUACUGGGUGAACGCCUGUACCCCCUUAUACAGGCUAUGCAUCCCAAUCUAGCAGGGAAGAUCACGGGUAUGCUGCUGGAGAUUGACAACUCUGAACUACUACACAUGCUUGAGUCUCCAGAAUCCCUCCACUCUAAGGUUGAAGAGGCAGUAGUGGUUCUUCAGGCUCAUCAAGCCAAGGAGUUGUCAGAUACGAAGUAAAGAAGCUCCUAGAGGCAUGCACACUGAAGUUCCAAGGAGGUGUUUGAAAAGGAGAGAGAAAAGGAAAAAGCACUCUGAAAUGUUGAGUUUGUUCUGAUCUGA